AUGGCUAAGUCAAUGGUGCAUGAUAAGAUAACCGGAAGGGGAAAAGAAAGCAGCUCACGGACGAGCACGGGUACUUUUAUUAGAAGAGGACAUGACAAAAUCGUGGAAGAGAUUGAGAAUCGGAUCUCAGAAUUCACCUUCAUUCCCGUAGAGAAUGGUGAAGCGCUUCAGGUUAUCCAUUACGGAGUUGGGCAGAAAUUUGAGCCUCACUUUGACGGAAUGCAAAGAAUUGCUACGUUUCUUAUGUACCUCUCGGACGUUGAAGAAGGCGGGGAAACAGUUUUCCCUUCUGCGAAAGGAAACAUUAGUAAAGGAGGACUCUCUGUUUCACCAAAGAAGAGAGACGCUUUACUCUUCUGGAGCAUGAGGCCUGACGGGUCUCAAGACCCUUGUAGCAAGCAUGGUGGUAGUCCAGUGCUCAAAGGAAACAAGUGGGCAUCGACUAAAUGGUUACACUUUCAAGAGCACAAGUUUAAUACUAUUAUAAGAUAG